AUGCUACCUUCUGGCACGGGUUUGGUUGCUGAAGUCGAUGGAGAAAAUAAGUCUUACUACAAGCUCGUAAAAAUGGAGGAUGAAAAAGAUUACUACCGUUUCUUUAGCCUUAGGGAGAAGAAAGUGGUGAAGAUAAAGAGGAACCCUAGGCUUAUGCUUCCAUGGCAAAGGGACAUACUUCCCCCUGACGAGGCCAUCUGCUUCGGUUCUUCUCGUGGCUGGCUCGCCUUUAUCCACCCCCGCAAUUGCUCUCUCUACCUUUUCAACCCUUUCGUCCACUCUCAUCUCCCCUACCUCCCCCUUCCUCCCAUCCAAACCCUUCCUGAUAUCAUCUCAACUAUGCGCUACCCCGAUUUGUCCAAUAUUCAAACCUCCUCCUCUUCUUCCACACCUUCUUCGUCAUCUAAGUAUAAUUGUAUUACUGAGUACCAUGCUUGGAAACGGUACCAUCCUGUAUCAUCUCAAGAAUUAUGUUCUGAAGUUACUUUCUUUAAUAAGAUUGUUUUAUCCUCGUAUCCAUCCCCAUUCCCUCCCAAUCAUCAACUCCAUCAUCACGAUGUGGAUGAUUGUUCUGCCCAUCAGUGCACUGUGAUGGUCAUCCAAGGCUACGACGACACACGCAAACCCGCCUUUUGCAGGAUUGGGGACACCGCAUGGACUGCCUUAGAUGCAACAGACGAAAUGUACACAGAUCUCAUCUAUUUCGGCAUGGACCAAAACUUUUAUGCCUACAUUGAAACAUCUAGAUCUAUAGAAGCUUGGGAUCUCCGCAAUCCAGACUCUCCAAAGAAGACUGUCAUCAUUUCUAAUCAUAUUCCGCCAUUCGGCGACCCAACGGAGCUCGAUCGUUAUCUAGUGGACUCUUCAGGGGAAUUACUGAUGGUUGUUAGGUACUAUACAUACCAUCGUUACAAGAAGACCUUAUCAUUUGAGGUGUAUAAGCUAGACUUUGUUAAUAAGGAAUGGUUACUCUUGCCAAGCUUAGGCCACGACAGGGCAUUAUUCAUUGGUAUGAAUGAUGCCAUCUCUGUCUCUCCCAUUGACUUCCCUGGGUUGCCCAUGAAUUGUAUUUACUUCACUUCUCCUGAUGCUCAUUUCUUGAAAAACUCUCAUGAUUUGGGUAUCUUCAACUUUGAAGAUAAGAGAGUCACUCCAAUUUAUUAUUAUGACUUGGGCAUUGCGUUGCCUUCUCCCUGGAUUGUCCCUUCAGCUCAGCAAUGA